AUGAAGACACUUAACUGUUACGUGCUUUUAUUUUGCUGGAAAGCAAUCUGUUGCUAUAGCUGUGAACUCACAAAUAUUACUAUUGCAGUGGAAAGAGAAGAAUGUGAACUCUGCAUUACGGUGAAUGCCACGUGGUGCUCAGGAUACUGUUUCACAAGGGAUCCAGUCUACAAAUAUCCACCGGUCUCAUCUGUUCAGCAAAUAUGUACCUUCAAGGAGGUUGUGUAUGAAACAGUGAAGAUCCCUGGCUGCGGUGACCACCCUGAAUCUUUUUACUCAUACCCAGUAGCUACAGCGUGCCACUGUGAGACCUGUGACACUGACAGCACCGACUGCACCGUGAGGGGACUGGGGCCAUCCUACUGCUCCUUUAGUCACAACGGAAGCAAUCAAUGA